ACCGUAGGCGGCGUUCAUGAUUAUUCCCAUGUAAGCAAUCCAGGUAUAAAGAGGCAGUAAAUCCUCUCUAUUUUAUUCUAUUUGAUUCAUUCAUUCAUCAAAUUCAUAUACUUCUCAAUCGCAAAUAUGGCCGAACAGAAAGAUAGAUGGUCUGCCAACGCUUAUCAGCACUCGGCUUCUUUUGUCCCCAAGCUUGCCACAAAAGUUGUUCAAUGGCUUGAUUUACAGAAAGAUGAUGCCCUUCUCGAUAUCGGAUGUGGAGAUGGCAUCCUGAAUGCCGAGUUCGCAAAGAUCUUGGCUCAAGGAAGCGGUUCAAUGCAUGGCGUUGAUAGCUCAGCUUCCAUGAUUCAAGCUGCCAGAGAACUGUGCAAAGAUUCUCAGAACUCUACCUUUGACGUCUUGGACGCUACACAGCUCGUCUCCAGGCCAGAAUUACAAAGAGGAGCUUUCACCAAGGUUUUCUCCAAUGCAGCCAUGCACUGGAUUCUCCGCCCAGAAGAUACUCGUGCUCAGUUCUUCAAGGGUGUCUACGCUUCACUGGCCCCAGGUGGUACAUUCGUCUUCGAGAUGGGCGGUUUCGGCAACGUUUCUGAAAUGCGAACUGCUGCUCUUAGUGCUGUAGGCCGCCGCAUCGGUAUGAAAGCCGCUCUUGCAGCUGAUCCAUGGUUCUUCCCUGACGAAGCUUGGGUUACGAAGGCGAUGCAAGACGCAGGCUUCGUUGUUGAACGGGCAGAGCGCGAGUGGCGGCCAACACCAACUGACAAAGGGGGUGUUGAGGGCUGGAUUCGACUCAUGGCAAGUCAGUUCUUAGAUGCCAUUUCAGAUGAAAAAGAGAGGGAGGAAGCUGUCCAGGAAUGCGUGGGGGUGCUGAGGGAGGUCUGUCGUAAUCCUUCUGGUGGGGAGACGAUACAUUAUGUGAGGCUCAGAGGCAUGGCCAGGAAGCCUGAAUAGGCACGACUGAUAGUAACUGUAGCAUGGGGGAAUGUCAAAUAGAAAGGCAUCUGCAUCAUGAUAGAAACAUUUUUAGUGGCAUUAACACUACACCGAUA